AUGUUUCUUAAAACUGUCGUAAUAUUAUUUUAUGUGAAAUUCUGUUUUGGUUAUACAAGAGAUGUUAAUCUCGAAAUCAACGAAAAUGAAACAAUUGUGGAUCUUUUGACACGAUCCAUGGAAAUUACUGAUUAUAUUGUGCCAGAAAUUGAUGGAGAAGAUUUCAUCAACAUUUUGAGCCCAAAAAUUAUGGAAUUACAACCACCAUUUGAUUUGUCAUCGUACAAUGUUUCAUUGAAGUGCCAACAAUCUUCAGAAGAAUUUAUGAUUGCGUUAAACAAAUUUGAGCUUUGGGCAUUGAGAAUGUACGAUGCGAGUGCGAAGCUUACGAGCGGAAUUCUCAAUGGAAAUGUUAAUCAAUUUGGGGAUUUCGACCAAUGCUUGGAAACAAUUAUCGAAAAGAAAUCAUUUCAAGCUCAAUAUUGUCUCGCUUACAUUCAGCCAUCGGUUUCGUCAAAUUUCAAGUAUCUUAAUUAUUUACGGACUUUGGCGUUAUCUUUUGAAGCAUACAAAAGUAAAUUUGAAGACCCAAGUCAUGUUGUACCAAAAACGUCACAGAUUCAAUGGGCUUUUUGCAUUCCUUCAACAUGCACACAUGAAGAACUUCAACAUGUUUUGCAACAAAAGCUUAAAACUUUUAUCAACAGUUCAAUGAUUAAUUUUGAUGUUGAAGUUAAGAAAGAAAUGUGCCAGAUAAGAGAAGAAAGCAAGAAAUACGAUUUAGGGACUAAACUUGCGUUAUAUUUCGUUGCAUUUGUUGCAUUAAUUGCUUUACUCUCGACGUUUUAUGAAACAUAUUCAGCAUCUGAAAGUCAAAAUGAAUGGUUGACAGCAUUUUCUUUAAAAAAGAAUUUAAAGGACAUGAUGUCGAUUGAAGUUCCGAAAGGCGACAUUGCAUCACCUCACGGUGUCAGAUUCUUCAGCAUGAUUAUGUUGAUACUUUCACAUAGAUCAAUGGAAGUUGAAUUUAAUCCAGUGGCAAACAGAACUCAAAUGUCACUAAUGAUUAAAUCUCCAUUUUCUGUCUUACUUCGAAGCAGUUCGUUGUACACGGACACGUUUCUGAUGUUGAGUGGAAUGUUAGUUGCAUAUUCAUUUAUUGGAAGACUUCAACGUGGACAAAAUAUUAACGUUCUUAAGGAAAUUGCUGCUCGAUACUUCCGAGUUGUGCCUCCAAUGGCAGCUCUCUUAUUAUUCGGAACUUUUAUUUUGCCACUUCUUGGAGAUGGACCGCAAUGGAACAUGCUGAUUACCAAUCAAUCAGAGAUAUGCAAACAAACUUGGUGGAGAAAUUUUCUGAUGAUUCACAAUUGGUUUGGCUUUGAAAAUAUUUGCAUGACGCACACACAUCACGUCGGAACCGAUUUCAGUCUUUUUCUCAUCGCUCCUUUCAUGAUUAUGUGUCUACACAAAUAUCCAAAGAAGUCGAUGAGUGUAAUUUUCAUACUUGCUUUGAUAUCAACGAUCGGAAGAUUUUACAUAACUUAUGCUCGAGACAUGACUGUUUAUGUUUUAUUUGGAAUUGAGUAUGGUUGAAACUUUAUGAGAUUGCGAGUUUUAUAUGUACAUAUUGCCGCCUUAUCGUUUUACUGUAUACGCUAUGGGAGUUGUGUUAGGAUAUCUCAUGAGAACGCAGAAAGAUUUCAGAUUCACAAGAAAUCAAUUGAAUUGUGGAUGGGCCAUUGCCACAUUGUCACUUUUUGGAACAUUGAUUGUUUCAUCGGUGAUGAGUACUCACAAUUAUAAAUUCGGCAUUGCACAUGCAGCCUUAUUCUCAUCAGUAGCUCCCAUUCCUUGUUGCUUCUUCUAUGCCUGGAUGAUUCAAUUUCUUUUGUUUUGUAGAUAAAUUCGUGAACAUCGCUGAAUGGAGAGGUUUCCUUAUUGCGACAAAAUUAUCUUAUGGAAUUUAUUUAAUACAAUUUUCAAUGUUCCAUUUGAAUAUCGGAAGCAAUCGAGGAUCGAAAUAUUAUGGAGCAUUUAAUUUCUUGAUCGACAUGAAUGAAAUUAUGUUGGUUUUGUUCGGUGCUGCAAUAUUGACACUGUUCGUGGAGUAUCCAUUUAGUAAUUUGAAGAAACUUAUAUUUGAUCAAAAGAGAGAAGUAUCGACAAAAGACGUUGAUCGUGAAGCUACAAUUGAAGUGAAGAAAAAUCAUUGAAAUUAAGACAACUUUUGAGUUAGAUCAGAGUUUGUUUAUUUUAAGUUAAUGGAACAUUCUAAGUUUUUAUGUCUACCCUAUGAUAUUAUUGGUUAUUGGAUCUAUUUCUAAUUGCACAUUUAUUUUAAAAUCGUUUUCACAUUGAGAUCAGAAAAUAUUGAAAGUUUGUAAAGUAAAAUAAAAUAUCAAAAAUUUUUGGUGUCACGUUUUCUUGGAUUAG